UAUCGGUAGAUAAAUAUGAAUAUAUAUAAACCAUCGCUGCUGUGAGAAAGAGACACAAACACAUGUAAAUGGUAAAGAAAACACUGCCAAAGGGAAAAAAGGUACAUCAGAAGUGUGCAAUGUGAAAAAUCAAAAACAGACGGUCAACAAGAAGAAUGAAAGUGUUAAAAUCAUCAAAGAAGACAAAAAGAAAAAGCAAUUGGCAGAAAUUGCAGCAUCCAAGUUGCAGGCAGCAAAGCUGUUCUCUACAGACAUGACACAGUACACGGAAAUACAAACACUACCAACUAAAUAUGUCAACCCACCCAGUUCAAGUUUGAUAGACUGCAUUCAUGAGGCCACCAAUACACUCUACAGUGAUGAACCUCUACCCAUUGUGCACCACCAGGUGUACCAUCAGGCUGACGUUCGUUUGAUGUGCAAUGCCAAAAUUGAGGAAUUGGAGAAGAGAAUCGAGUUCCUUGAAGGGCAGCUGCUCCAUGAUUUCUUGGAAAAAAUACUUCAGCAACAACAACCGUGCACAGCACAAACAAACAAAGUGUAGAGGCAACAUCGGUAGAGGCAACAUCGGUAGAGGCAACAUGGAGCUAUAUAGCCCGGCAGUUGAUGUUGAGCCUAUAGCAGAGCCAGCUAAGGAAAAUUUUCCUGACAAAGUCCUCUCGCCACUUCAAAUGCCCCAAAUGGUCAGGUUGGUUGCUGGUUUUGAAGUAAUGGUCACAAGCAGCCAACUGCGAGUUUGUGCGAGGAAGGCCAGAGGCAUUGCCACAGCUAUGACAAGGCUGCUGCUGCUGGUCUUGUUUGAACCAAAGAUACUGGCACAAAGCUGUGCCAGAGGUACAUCGGAGAGAGCUCCUUUACCUGCAGACACAAUCGAUGCCUUGAUUCAAUACUGCAUGGAAUUUGGAGAUAAAAAGACGUCACCAAGAGACAUCGUCCAAGCAAUAAACGGAAAAUGCUCAGAUUUAAGAAAGGAAUACAUGAAAAAACCACAACCUGUUUAAGGACCCUGAAAACCAACACAUUGACAUUCCAUUGUUUUUGACAUUCCAUUGUUUUUGACAUUCCAUUGUUCUUAUAUACAUUCCAUAUUAUUUAAUAAAUAAUUAUUUUUAAAACCUA